AUGAAGGAGAUCCCGGUAACUCCAAAAGAUCCGUUUUCUGAUCAGCAGCUCGCCACAGCAAAUCUUAUUCCAUCGCAAAAGCCCGUGAGUGGACGCUUCAGUUUUACGCAGAUCAGCGCCAACAAUCUUCGAAUUAGCGGAGUACUCAGCGGUCUCCCUCGUGGUGAGCAUGCUGUCCUUAUUCAUCAAUUCGGCGAUUUGUCAGAUGGUUGUAGUCGUCUGGGGCCACCGUUUAUAUUCAAGGGUGGCCUUGGAACGCCUUCAUUAGGAGAUGUCGUUGUUGACGAGUCUUCGAUGGCGACGUUUGACAGAGUUGUCGACUGGCCAAUUUCUGAAGUAGUGGGCCGUUCCAUCGCCAUUUACAGGCUGUCUACAACUGAAUACUCUUUGCACAACAAAAAUGAAACUCCCCUAGCGUGUGGCACAAUCGGUCUAACCGCCUUCAAUUGA